UUUUUUAUCUUUCUUCUUUUUUUAUACACAAAACAAAAUCUUUUUGUUGUUGUUGUUGUUGUUGUUGUUGCGUUGGGGGGCUGACUCGCAGUUGAAGAUGUCGGGGCAGAGCAUCACGGACCGGAUCACCGCUGCCCAGCACAGUGUAACGGGAUCCGCCGUGUCCAAAACAGUAUGCAAGGCCACCACUCACGAAGUAAUGGGUCCGAAAAAGAAACAUUUGGAUUAUUUGAUCCAUUGCACCAACGAGAUGAACGUGAACAUUCCCCAACUGGCCGACUCGCUGUUCGAGAGGACCACCAACACCAGCUGGGUGGUUGUGUUCAAGUCACUUAUCACCACACACCACCUCAUGGUCUAUGGGAACGAGCGUUUUGUCCAGUAUCUGGCUUCAAGGAAUACACUAUUCAACCUCAGUAAUUUUUUGGACAAAAGUGGUUUACAAGGUUACGACAUGUCCACGUUUAUCAGGAGGUAUAGUCGAUACCUGAACGAGAAAGCUGUUUCGUACAGACAGGUGGCCUUUGACUUCACGAAAGUUAAACGCGGAGUGGACGGCGUAAUGAGGACCAUGAAUACAGAGAAGUUGCUCAAGACGAUCCCCAUUAUUCAGAACCAGAUGGACGCCCUCCUCGAUUUCAAUGUCAAUGCCAAUGAGCUGACUAAUGGAGUCAUCAAUGCAGCCUUCAUGCUCCUCUUCAAAGACUCCAUCAGGCUCUUUGCUGCUUAUAACGAGGGAAUCAUCAACCUGCUUGAGAAAUACUUUGACAUGAAGAAGACCCAGUGUAAAGAAGGCUUGGACAUUUACAAGAAGUUUCUCACCCGAAUGACUCGGAUAUCAGAGUUCCUCAAAGUAGCAGAGCAGGUGGGCAUUGAUCGAGGAGACAUUCCCGACCUUUCACAGUUCACAGUUUGUGCUCCUAGUAGCCUUCUCGAAGCUCUGGAGCAGCACUUGGCCUCUUUAGAGGGCAAGAAGGUCAAAGACUCCACUGCAGCCAGCAGGGCCAGCACCCUGUCAAACGCAGUCUCAUCGUUGGCCAGCACGGGGAUGUCGUUCACUAAAGUGGACGAGCGGGAGAAGCAGGCAGCUCUCGAGGAGGAACAGGCUCGACUCAAAGCUCUGAAGGAACAGAGGCUCAAAGAGCUCUCCAAGAGGCCCUCCUUCGCCACAACUGAUACGUCGCCGAUCUCCACCACCGGGGGCACUAUCAGCACAGCACCAGCCAUCGACCUCUUCUCUACACCCAGCUGCUCUAAUGGUGCAGUGAAGAUGGAGAGCGACCUCUUUGACCUGCAGUCAACUUUCCAGCCGGGUUCCACGGGGCUUCCAGUGGCGACAGCGUGGGCAGAUCCUUUCACCUCUGCUGAAGCUGGAGAUGAUUCCAUGCCAAACCUUAACCCUUUCCUCUCAAAAAUCGUUGUCGAUGCCACUCACUUACCUGUCGUGUCUUCAGACGGUGUUAGCUUUCCCUCUAGGACAUCUGGUCAUGAAAUGUUUGGUGAUCGUUACAAUCCCUUUAUUGACACAAACUCAUCUGUUUCAACCAAUUACAAACGCACAGUGCGGAUAGAACACUCCAUCUCAGACUCCUUCUGUGGUCCAGUGUCCAUUGCCCAGCACCUCCCACACCAGGCUCCUUACCCCACUGAGCCCUCUACUGUAGCAGGUCUAUUCAGAGGAUACUCAACGCCACAGGCUCCUCCACAGCAGUCAGCAGGGGGACUCCAAGUGGACUUUGAGUCAGUUUUUGGAGCCAAAGCCACCGGCAGCAACAGCCUCAAUUCUGAUGGUGAGGAGCAUUUGCAUAUAAAUAUUGCCGGGGGCAUCCUGAAGCCAACUCUCGCCGGCUCCAGCCAGCUGCCCGGUCAGCAGCCGGAGAAGCUGGUGUCAGAUGACCUUGACUCCUCCCUGGCCAACCUUGUCGGCAACCUUGGCAUCGGGAACGGCACGGUGAAAAAUGACAUCCACUGGAGUCAGCCGGGGGAGAAGAGGAUGACCGGCGGCACCAACUGGCAGCCCAAAGCGGCGCCGACCACGACCUGGAACCCCGUCUCCAUGCCAUCGUCAAUCAUGGCCUUCCCUGCCACCACGCCCACAGGCAUGAUGGGAUAUGGCAUGCCUCCACAAAUGGGCUCUAUGGGGAUGAUGAAUCCGCCCACCAUGAUGUACUCCCAGCCUGUGAUGAGGCCACCCAACCCCUUCGGCUCUGUGUCUAGUGCUCAGCCCUCCGCAGCCUCUAGUCCUUCCAGCCAGAGUCCUCUCCGAGCCCCUGGACAGGACCCGUUUGCACACCUCUCUCUCAAGGAUUUCUUGUAGAGCAUCUCUUUAGAUGCAGUUCAUGUAAUUUGGAGAAAAAAAGUGUCUCUCGGAAGAUGAAGCACUUAGCAGCAAAGCUUUGUCCUCGUUGCAGUCUAACUCUUCAGAGAAACAUUCUCACACACACACACACACACCCAAAUACAGACAUGUCAAGAACACAAUGGUGCAGCGACAGUCAGAAACCAUGGUAACCGUGUCCAAAAUGACGUUUGGCGAUAGCUCACACCCAUUAUUCUGUAACUUGUCCGAGACGUCGAGUGAUGCUGCUGUCUAAAACCCCCUUAAAGAGGAUUCCUUAUCCGUUUUACAGCGUAAUCUGUAAAGAUAGUUUAUGGGUGCUGAGAAAUUUUGAUGUUAUGUAUUUGGAUAUACUGUGGUUUGGAUGUUAAAGGCUUGAUGUUCAGCAGGGAGGGGGCGGAAGAACAACAACAACAACAACAACAAAAAAAUAAACAAGGAGAGCAGUCCUUCCCUUUCUUGAUCCGACCAUCAGUCAUCCAUACCCUACAGUUAUUUAACUGUCACUAAGUAGUGAUGCUAAUGGCGUUUACACCUGUUUAGUUUUUGUCUUUUUUACCGUGUUUACAGUAGACAUUCCUUGUGUGUUGUUUGUAUUUAUUUAUGAUUAUUGGUUUAAGAUCGGGGCAGAAUUUAAAAAAAUAAAAUAAUAAUGUAAAAUCUACAAGUACUUUGAACACCUGUGGGAGUGCUUCAGCAUUAAACAAGGAUCUCAGACUAUCAUUGAGAGGUAGAGUUAAAAAUAGCUAUUAUAUAAAAAAAAAAAUUACACCUAUUAAGCGGAAUGAUAGAGCACUAAAUAUUCUACGAGUUUUGUGUUAAGAAAACUUUUCUACUAGAUGAAAGAUUUCACAAUCUCUGUUGUACUUAAGUGCAGGGGUUAGAGUACGAGUCAGUUAACAGUAUAUAGUCGAUUCUGUGCCUAGGGUUUUUUGCAAUGGAUCAGUUUCCUGUCUAGUUGAAGAAAAAGAAGACGAAGAAGAAGAAGAAGAAGAAAAAAAAAACACUUCAUCCACGAAUCUGAAGCGUCGCACUGGGUGGUGGGCUCCAUUUGCUUUAAGCUUGGCAUGCCAUUGACUCACUGACCGUAUUCAAGGCUGCCUUUACUCUGAAUGUGAAAGAGUUGUCUUCAUGUUGCACACAUCUUUCCACACUACAGUUCCUCAGCGGGAGUCGGGUGGGGGCUUGUUCUUUGAGGGGGUUGGGAGGACGGGAAGUGUGUCUGCUUGCUGGUUAGCCGUCGCUACGUUAACGUUGGGUUGGGGAGAAAAGGGGGGGUGUCACAGAUUUGAUGUAAAUUAAUUGUAUAAAAAGGAAAAAAAAAAAAUCAAAAAGGACCAGGGUGGAGCGGGAGGAGCGCUGUUGAUCGGCGCUCUGUGUAUAUAAAAAACUGACUGUUCUUUGAGUUCAAAAGUGAAAGAUGUAUGAAAUAUGAAAGCAAUUCAAUCAAAUUUGACUCUACCUAAGUUUGAUUCAGGAUACACUCUGCGUUUGUCUCCGCAGAUAUUUUCUUUAUGUAAUUAGAACGUGUAGCAGACAAUGACUGAAGUCUUUUCUUUCUUUUACAAAUAAAGAGCAGCUUCCACAAACUAUUGUACAGCAUAUUUAUUCUUUUUAAUCAAGGUGAAUGUCAAAUCUAUUAACUGUCAUAACGGUGUGGCUCAUGGACGAUCUUUUAACUAGUAAAGGUUUAGACGUGUGUUGCCUGCCUGCUCACAUAAGGCAGAUGUUAAGAUUUGUGUAAACUUAUAAAACAUUUAGUACUUUCACCCAAUCAACUCUUGAGAUACUGUAAUAAACAACUACAAAAUUAAAAUAAAUGCUGCCUUGCAUAAGA